GCACCGAAACUUUAUUCAUACUGUGCAGACCAAGUCGACCAGCUUCUUUCGCACCCGGCGCAUGAAGAGCUUGAGCGACCUUUUGCAAACUCUGUCUACACCACCUUCACCGCAAACAUGGGACCGAAAUCAGCAAUGUUCAAGCACGUCGACUCGCAGAACGAUGCACAUGUCUGGUGUGCCAUAACGAAUGGUGGACGGUUCGACUUCAAGAAGGGUGGUCAUAUGGUUCUGUAUGAUUUGAAGUUGAUCAUUGAGUUUCCUCCUGGAUGUACCGCAAUC